UCAGAUUAAAAAUCAAAACGCUAGGAAUCCUCUAGAAAGGAACAGAGAAACUUCGAAGGCGAUGAAGUUGGUAUCUGCAGCCAAACGGAGAUGGUUUCUUCAACCCUAAAUCGCGCAUUUCCUCUGUCUUUAGAAGUUGGUUUUCUGACUCAUCGGAGCUUCUCAUGUACUGUUGGUGAUCGAGGCGAUUAGUGCUGAUUCUUCUUAUGAUAAUUUUUGGGUUUUAUAUUCAAAAUUUUUCUGUAACUUCUUCAACAUCUCGGUUGUUAAAUCCAAGGUUUGCGUUCUGUAGCUGUUCGCGAUUUCCAUAGCUGGUUCACAUGAUUUCUAGUAAUUGAACCCGAGAUCGCUUGGUUUUUCUAUGCUCUUUUGAUCUGAGGUCGGAGAUUGGCUUGAUUCCGUUCAUUGAUCUCAGGAUCCUGUUUGUGGUGCUUGGUACUGAGCUUGUUCUUGGAGUUUUAACGUGUUUCUGUUUUUAAGUGGUCAGUACAGUGAGACACCAUUGAUCUUUCAAAUACUAAGGGUGGAGAGAUGAAUAAGAACCAAACAGCUGGGGUAGACUCUGAAGACGACUCUGAUGAUUAUGGCAUUGCGGAAGCAAACUGUGAGCUAGCUAUGGUACAAGGUCAGCUCUGUAGCAUACCAUACGAGCUCUACGAUCUACCAGAUUUAACGGGAAUAUUGUCUGUUGAGACAUGGAACUCAUUUCUGACAGAAGAAGAAAGAUUCUACCUGUCACGUUUUCUACCAGAUAUGGAUCAAGAGGGGUUCAGUGUGACGAUGCAGGAACUUCUUGGUGGUGCCAAUUUAUCUUUUGGGAAUCCAGUGGAUAAGUUUUACAUGAAUCUGAGAGGAGGAUUGUUUACUCCCAAGGUAGCUUGUUGCAAAGAAGCCAUUAUGUUCGUCAAGAGGAACAUGUAUUACUACUCUCUAAAGUUCUAUCAUGAGAAAAUGAUCAAGACAUUCACUGAGAUGCAACGGCUGUGGGAUCAGUAUGGAAAGGAAUUGGGUAGAAACGCAAGACUUCUCCUUUGGUCUGAACGAACACAAACGGGGAAUCUCAAACUGCUGGACCUGAAUAUUGCUCCUUCUGAUGGAAUUGAUGGUGCAUGUAGAUUAACAACUGCCAAUGUAGUGAAACCUAUGGAAAGAAAUAGAACGAAUAGUUUAACCUCUCAUCGCAGUGGUGUCUCCGAGAACCAUCUCAAGAUAAAAAUAACCAAGAAAGGGAUAUUCCGGUACAAUGGUUCCAGCUUAGUUUCCUCUGGACACUAUUAUCAGACUUUGCCAAAGGGUCUUCUCAAAGUAGUCCCUAAAUCUUCUUCUGUCAUUCUUGGGGAAUCUUAUGUACCUCCAGAAAACGAUCUCCUGCAAACUGGUUCAAAGGGUGCUAGAUUUAAAGCCUCUCCAUUCUCAGGUACUAGAUUUGGAAAACCAUAUGGAACUGUUACAUGUUCAAUCACAGAACUCCCGAAUCAUCAAGACACUUCCUUGACCUAUUUGGAAACUACACAAAGAAGCUCAAUCCAGGAGACAGAACCGGUGUUGCAUGAUCCAACACGCACUAUCCCUUUUGGUGCUUCAAAUUACUCCAUCGCAGAACAUAAUCUGCCUACAAAGCAAGAAGAAUAUGUCCACUACCACCUGAAAUCUCCUGGUUUUAAGCCGGGGAUUGUUGAAAGAGGCUCUGAAACAAUGGAAACAAAGAAGGUUUUGUCUGGUAAGAACUUUCAGAGGGAAGCCAAUGUGCCGAGAAAACCGCUGCGUGCUCUGGGCGAAGACAAUCACGCUCGAGAAAACGAUAAUGAUCAUUUGUUUUCCUUGACGUACAAGCGAAGAAAGGUUCAGAGAAUCGGCGUUGCUUGAUCCUGCACUAUAUGACACUCCAAUGUUUCACGUAAUGUACUCGUCCAUAGCCGAAGAUUCAUAAAAAUAUGAAAUGUAAUGCUAAAUGGUAAAAUGGAUGUAUAUGGUUAAAUAUGUUUACUUUUAAAGUUGUACGGCAGUAAAAGAGAGCAUUAAAAAAUUGAGGAGUGAAGUGAAAUAAUCAAUA